GCGUUUUGCUUCCUUUCUUUGCAUUUUGCUUCCUAGGCUUGCACAGACCGGCAGGGCGACCUCUUCCACAACCCCACCUCUUUCUAAAGCUGUUCCUCCGGUUGGCCCCGGGGAGGUGGGGGGCAUUCGCGGCGCCUUCUGGCAGCGAGGGCGGAGCCCGCGCGAGGCUUUUGCCGGCCUCGCCGGCGACAGACCCAAAGGAAAAGGCGGGAGAGGGAGGCCUGCGAAGCCUUCGGACCUUUCCGCGGGCUGCCGGAGGGGCGGUCCCCGCAGCACCCCCAGCAGCCGGAAGGCGGGAGCUGAAAAGGAUCUGGGUCCCUGGGACUGUGCGUCGCCUCCCCCUCUUGCCUGCCCGUUCCCCUUCCCCGGGGGAGCCGUUGUUUCCCCCCCUCAUGGGGCGCCCCCGGCGCUGGAGAGCCGUGCAAGGGCUGCUGCGGAGCUGUUACGCGGAGGUGCUGCCGCUGGAAGCCUUCGUGGAGCGCUUGCAAGGGCAGGCGCAGGCCGAGGGCCCGUUGGUGCCGCUGGUGCAGGAGGGGGACCCGGCGUGCUACCGUCACCUGGUGGAGCGGUGCCUGGUGGGGCGGGCGCCGGGCUGCAAGGCUCUCCCCUCGCGGGUUGUGUUCCAGCAGGUUUCCAGUCUGAACGAUGUUGUCGCAAGAGUCAUUCAGAGGAUAUGUGAAAAGAAAAAGAAAAAUCUCCUGGCGUCUGGCUAUUCCUUAUUGAAUGAGAAUAAUUACCAGCUGUCCUGCAUGCCAAAUAUCUAUACCUACUUGCCCAACAAUACAACCGAGACCAUUCGCCAGAGUAUUCUCUGGGAAAUAAUUCUGAGCAGAGUUGGGGAUGAUGUCAUGAUGUACCUUUUGGAGCACUGUGCUCUCUUUAUGCUUGUGCCUCCUAGCUGCUGUUACCAAAUGUGUGGGCAGCCCAUCUAUGAACUAGCUUUAAGGAAUGCAACACUGUCUUCUGCAUUCUUCCGACAGAGGUAUCCUGGGCCAACGCGUAGUGCCUUAUCAGGUUACCUGCAAAAAAGGUUGAAGUCCUGUGGGAAGUUCCUAGCAACAGCAAACAGGAAGAAAGGGAACUCCAGAAGUCAGAAAUCAAGAAAAAUACAGAAAGGUUUAGAGUGUGACUGUCGGUUAUCUCCAAUGGGUUAUGAAGUUCAUGGGCUAAAACCUGCAAAAAGCAAACCAUUUGCAGGGAUGAGUAUUUGCAGAGAGAGUGUGCAAAGGUCCGAUCAGUGCACAUCUUUAACAGCACCAUUGCUAAAACGGAAAUGGACAGGUCAGUGUGGCACUAGUGCUAAAAGAGUAAAAAUCAUGCAAACAGAGGAAGAAUUAGAAAAAGAAAUGAGAAAUCUCGUUCCAACCAAAAGCAAAAAUAUAGUCAUGCUAGAUGAUGGUGGUGAUGGUAGCACAUCUAAAAGAUGUGCAAGGUUGUGUACAGAAGAUGGGUUAAUUGUUGUGAAGUCUGUUCCUCAGAGCCCUGAAUGUGGGGCACAGAUGUCUAAUGUACCUUAUGCAGUACCUGAUAAUCAAGAAUCUUUUUUAUGUGAUAAGAUUCUAACGCUGGAUAAUGAGAGUGAAACACUCUGUGAAUUGAACAGUAGAAGAGAAUCCAGCACCAGACAGCCAAAGCUGAGAACAGGAGAUUCUGAUGUUUGUUUUGGACAGCCAUUAGGAACAGAAAUGACGAGUGGAGGACGUGGCUGUAAAACCCGUGUAUCUAAAUCAGUUCAGAAUUCUGAUCGCAGUUCUGUUCCGGUCACGUAUAUUGAGAGACGCUUUCUCUUGUAUUGUCACCGGCAGCUGAAAGAGCGUUUACCUGAGUCUUUUAUAUUGAAUCGUCUGAAAAGUUUUUCAUCUGGGGGAAGGCGGCUAGUGGAGGUGAUAGUCUUGGACAGUAAGAUCACAAAGCAGCCUGACAGUAUAAAUCCUCGAAGCUCUGGUAAGAGAAAGAGGAGGCUUCCAAAACGCUAUCGGGAAAUGAGAGACCUGUUUCAAGAACUAUUGGAGAACCACUCAAAGUGCCCUUAUCUGAAGGUGUUAAGAAAGAAUUGCCCUGUUUGGGUCUCUGAGUCAGUCCAGAAGAGCACAGAAGGAGAGAGUGACAAAGAGAAAGACCAUCGCAAGGGGAGAAGCUCAUCCAGGUCACGCCAGGACACUACCCUAGAAAAUUGCUUCAGGCUUGCACCAGAUGGUUUGAAUCCAUUUCCAGGAACCUCAGAAGAUUCCAUUAGAAAAUCUGAAAAUGCGGAGUUGAAGAGAAAAAACACUGAGGGGCAGAUUUCCCCAGAUUCUUCCAGCUCUGGCGUCAUGACGUUCCUUAAACAGCAUAGCACUCACUGGCAAGUGUAUAUGUUUGUGAGGGAAUGUAUAGAGAGAGUGGUACCUGCUGCUCUCUGGGGUUCCAGCCAUAACAAAUGCCGCUUCUAUAAAAAUGUGAAAAAAUUCAUCUCUCUUGGGAAGUUCAACGUAUUUUCUUUGCGAGAACUGAUGUGGAAAAUGAGGGUGAAGAAUUGUGUUUGGCUCCGUCUGAACAAAGAACAGGGACAUUUUGUUCCUUCUUCUGAACAUCGUUUUCGUCAAGAUCUGAUGGCCAAAUUCCUCUAUUGGCUGAUGGACUCCUAUGUUGCAGAGCUGCUCCGAUCUUUCUUCUACAUCACAGAGACCAUGUUUCAGAAGAACCUACUUUUCUUCUUCAGAAAAAGUAUUUGGAGCAAGUUAGAAAGCAUUGGAAUCAGGAACCAUCUGGCCAAAGUGCAUCUUCGUGUCUUAUUAAAGGAGGAGAUCAAAACUCUGCAGCAGCAGAAGUGUGUUCCCUUGGCAUCCAAACUCCGCUUCAUCCCCAAGCCAAAUGGACUGCGACCUGUGGUCAAGCAGAACGGUGUGGUAGGAGCGGAAACUUUCAGCAGAAAAGCCGGAGAAAAAAAGAUUCAGUACUUCAACACACAACUUAAAAACUUGUUUAGUGUUCUUAAUUAUGAACGAAUAAAGAAUCCCUCGUUGCUUGGUUCUUCCGUGUUUGGAAAAGAUGAUAUCUAUGCAGUGUGGAAGAAGUUUGUUUUGAAGGUUUUGAAGUUGAAUGCUGUAUUGCCUAGAUUCUAUUUUGUGAAGGCUGAUGUUAUAGGGGCUUAUGACAGCAUUCCCCACAAUAAACUGGUAGAAGUGAUUUUGCAAGCUCUUUCUCCGGACGAGAAGACUACCUACAGUAUACGACGCUAUGCCGUUAUCAUAAGGACAAGAAAUGGACUUAUACGAAGAUAUUACAGGAGACAUGUAUCUACUUAUAAGGAGUUUAUCUCUGAUAUGAAAGAGUUUAUUAAUCAUCUUCAAGAAGUCACCUCACUGCGAAAUGCAGUAGUAGUUGAGCAGAGUGUUUCUUUGAAAGAAAGCAAUACCAGCCUCGCUGAGUUUUUUUUGAAGUUUAUCCAAAAUAGUAUCCUGAAGAUUAAGGACAGGUACUACGUCCAGCGCUGUGGAAUCCCACAAGGCUCCAUUUUGUCUACUCUGCUUUGCAACCUCUGUUACGGAGACAUGGAGAAUAAGUUACUGCAGGGUGUGCAGAAAGAUGGAGUGUUGAUGCGUUUAACUGAUGAUUUCUUGCUUGUUACGCCUCAUUUAACACAAGCAAAAAUGUUUUUGAGGACUCUUGCCAUGGGAGUUCCUGAAUAUGGCUUUGUCAUAAAUCCAGCUAAGACAGUGGUGAAUUUUCCCAUUGAUGAGGACAUCCCAGGAUGCUCAGAGUUCAAGCAGUUACCAGCUCACGGUGUCAUCCCAUGGUGUGGAUUGUUAAUUGAUACCCAAACCCUUGAAGUUUACUGUGAUUAUUCCAGCUAUGCCUGCACAUCUAUCCGAUCCAGCCUGUCUUUCAACUCUAGCACCAAAGCGGGUGUGCGCCUGAGAAAUAAACUGCUUGCAGUGCUGCAGCUGAAAUGCCACAGUUUGUUCGUAGAUUUACAGAUCAAUAGUCUAAGAACAGUCUGUAUUAAUAUCUACAAGAUACUUCUGCUUCAAGCCUACAGGUUCCAUGCAUGUGUUCUUCAGCUUCCAUUUAACCAAAAAAUUAAGAGCAAUCCCAGAUUUUUCCUGAAGAUAAUCUCUGAUACCGCUUCAUGCUGCUUCUCUGUUUUGAAAACUAAAAAUAAAGAUGUUUCUUUUACUUCUACUGGUACUUCAGUGGUGCUGACAUACGAAGUGGUACAAUGGCUCACCUACCAUGCCUUUGUUAUUAAGCUGACAAAUCACAAGGUUAUUUACAAGUGUCUUCUUGCACCAUUGAAACACUGUAAAAAACGGUUGCUUCGGCAAAUUCCAGAAACUACUGUCCAGUUCCUAAAAGAAGUGACAGAACCAUCCCUAUAUGAAGACUUUAAAGCUAUUCUGGAUUAAUUGCCUGUGACCACAUUCCUCUUGAAACUCCAAUUCAUCCUCUUCAUGCAAUAUGUUCAUGCAGUAAGUUCUCCUAAGGCUACCUGGAAGUGUAAUAAAGCUUUGCCAUUUUCACUAAGCAAUGAAAUGUUAAACCACUUCAGUAUCUGUGUUUUUUUCUCCUCAAUCAAAGUGUGGCUAAUCCCUUUGAUCAUACAGGGAGAAAAUGGACACUGCAGUCACACUUUAAAUAAAUUGUGAAAUAAU